UUCAACAUGGCGAGUAGCUCGAACAGGAUUCGUAUUCACGACAGAGAUGUUUUUGCUGCUAUAACUGAAGGUCCUGCAAAUGUAUUUUCAAGCACUCCUUUUCUUCUUGUAAAGGCCAGGUGGCUUGCAGAUGACUCAGCUCAAGUCUGUCCACUUUGCUCACAGAAGUUUACACAAAUCCGUAGAAAACAUCAUUGUAGGCAGUGUGGAAAGGUUCUCUGCAGCAAAUGUUGCAACGAGAAGGUUCCUCUUCCACAACUUGGUUUUGAUGAGCCAGAGAGGAUUUGUGACUACUGUCUUGAAGUAACUUCUCUUGUGACAAAGUCAAGGUCACUUCAGAUGGCAUUCAAACUAGAAGCAGCUAAAGGUUUGAGGGAGUUAUGCAAAGAUCCUGAUGGACUCACAAAGGUUAUUGAGAUGGGUGGGGUACAGACGCUUAUAUUUCUCAGUCAAAGUGAGAAUUAUGAAGUUAAAGCAGCAGUUGCCUCUGGACUUCAGAUCCUCUCCACUCAUCCCCCAUUGCACUCAGUGUUAGCCAAAUGUGGAGGCAUUAAAGCCUUGUGCAGUAUACUUUCCACUGUGAGUGAGAGCCAGGAGCAAACCUUGAUUGAUGGAAUCAGUGCAUUGAUGAUAUUUUGUAAAUCACCUGAAUUAAAAGCACAAGCCUUAGCUGAUGGUGCAUUGGAUCCUGUGUUGACAGUAUGUGCAAUGAAAGAAGCCAUCGCUCUUCUUGCUCUGAUGACAUUAAGUCACAUUGUUGAACAUCACGGCAACUUAGCUCCCCUUAUAGAGAACAAUCGGAAUGCCCUGCCAAGAAUUCUAGCUUUGACAAAGGCUCAUGAUGAAAAGAUUCAAGAAAUAUCCCUGAGAAUUUUGGCACAGAUGUCUGUUGGUACAGACUGGCAGCGACAUCGCAUUGUUCAGGAAGACUUCUCAGCUGGUCGAUGUUUAGUUGAAGCUCUUACUAGAGGACCAAAAAAUCUACAGGUCCUUGUUAAUGCAUCCUGUUUAAUUGCUAAUUUGGCAACAGGAGACCAAGAUCAGAUGUCCCUAAGGGAUUGCUUACAAGCCAUGUGUUCUCUGACGUCAUCUCACACUGGUCAUAUAGACAUCCAGACACAUGUAUCUAGAGCCCUUGGUAACUUUUCAAAGUUUCAUCAGAACUCGUCUAUUAUGAUAGAGUAUCUUCCCAGAAUUGUAGUGACACACCUGAAGUCAACAGAUAAGACAAUCAAGUGUCAUGGCCUGAGGACUGUCAUGUAUCUUGUUGGCCAUCAGAGAGAAAAAGCUGUAGAUAUUCUACUAAGGGAAGGAGCUCAUGAAGUCCUUACAAGUUUAGGAUCAUUCCCUGGAAUUGUCGAUGCAAUUCAAACUGGUUUGCUAAAAGUAGUCACCACUAUUAGUGACUGUACAGUCACGAAGUAAUAGUCAUAUAAACUAGUGGUGAUGUAUACUGUUAUUAUUUUAACUUGAUAAUAAGUACAUGUAUGGUAUAGUUUGUGUAGCUAAGAAAUAUCCUAAAUGAUUACUUUAAUUUGCUAUUUUUGAGUUGGUAAGAUUUUUAAUCCAAAAUGUAUCACAUUGAGCUCUUUAUUUGAUGCAAAUUUAGAAGGAAAGUUGUUUUAUUAUGAACAGACUAGAAAUGCAGAACUAAGAAAUUUUUAAAGGGGGUAAGUUUGUAAAGAAACUGUGGUGCUGCACUGGUGGGGGUAACAACGUAAUUUGGUAAUCAACUAAGUUGAAAUUG